CUCGAAUUGGAUCACCAAACCAAAUCGAUCUUCUCAAUAUCCAAUCCAACUAGUUAUUUGGAUACUUUGUGUUUGAGUUUGAGUUUGAGUGUUUGAGCUUCGUAUAUAUAUAUAUAUAUAUAUAUAUUUAUUCGUCAAAAGAUAUAAAAAUAAAGAAAAGGAGGAAAAUGCCUAGGGACAGGGACCCGCUUGUUGUUGGAAGAGUGGUAGGUGAUGUUUUAGACCCGUUUACAAGGUCUGUUUCUCUCAGGGUCACUUACGGUAUGAAGGAGGUUAACAAUGGUUGCGAGCUCAAACCUUCCCAAGUUGUCCACCAACCUAGAGUUGAUACUGGUGGGGAUGAUCUUAGGACUUUCUACACUCUGGUCAUGGUGGAUCCUGAUGCACCUAGCCCAAGUGACCCCAACCUAAAGGAAUAUUUGCAUUGGCUGGUUACGGAUAUUCCAGCAACAACUGCGGCAAGCUUUGGGCAAGAGAUUGUGUGUUAUGAAAGCCCACGGCCAACGCAAUUACGAAUCUCGCAAAUUAUUAGACAAUAA